UCCGUUUAAACUUUUAUAUAUAAUAACAGAGAAAGCGUAAAUUUGUAAACACAACUAACGUAACAGCGAGUCCAGCAAUGAGCAAGCUUUUAAAAGGUAUUAGAGCUCACCCAGAGGUGAUACCCCUCAUCGUUAUCACUGGUUUUGCUACAAGCAUGGCAACCUUCCAGACACUCAGAGCCUGUAAUAAGUAUCCUGACGUCUCGUUCAGGCGACACAGUAAUCCACAUCCUUGGCUCAAUGUCAAUCGACACGAAAACUUAAAAUAUGUCAAGAUAAUGGAUUACAGUAAAAGACCCCAAGCUGAUCCUCCUAAAUUUUAGAGCAGACCGUGAGACCUCGUCAUUAACUAAUAAACUGUCCAUUAAUUAACUAAUUUUUAGUCUCGCCCGCCCAUUCGCUACCAAUGAUUUUAAUAAUUUUUAAAUCCAUA